AUGCGUCAUAUUGCUGCCUACCUGCUCCUCCAGCUUGGCGGGAAUGCUUCCCCGUCUGCGAGCGACGUGAAGAAGGUCCUCGAUGCUGUUGGCAUUGAGGCCGACGACGAGCGCCUCGAGAAGCUCGUCUCCGAGCUCGAGGGCAAGGACAUCAAUGAGUUGAUUGCUGAGGGCUCUUCGAAGCUCGCUUCCGUUCCUUCUGGCGGUGCUGUUUCUGUCUCUGGUGGUGGCGCGGCUGCCGGCGGUGCGCCCGCUGCUGCUGCCGAGGAGGCCAAGGAGGAGAAGAAGGAGGAAGAGAAGGAGGAAUCAGACGACGACAUGGGUUUCGGUCUGUUCGACUAA